UUUGUUUGGUAAUCGCAGACCGCAGUCAAGUUUUUACAUUUCAUACGUCUAUCUAUUCAAGUACAAAUAACCAGGAAAGAACACCAUAUUAGGCCAGCUAAUGACCUUUUUUUGGCAAAUAUAUUAAAUUUUAUUUUAUUUUAUUUAAGAGAUGCCAUCGGCAGAAUUCGAUCCAAAAACGAGGUUUGAAAAGCGACAACUCCCACCAGCCUUACAAAGGCUUUUAGAAUACGAUGUUAAGGCCACCAAAGCAUUUGUAUCUUUUUUGUUAAAUUUUGUAGCUGUAAGAUCGUUGAAAACGCAUUGUAAGUUUUUAGAAAUAUCAUGUCACGGCAUUGUUUGGUUAGCUGGUUGGCUAGCAUUUUGCUGGAUGAUUGACGAUAAAAAUUUGUAUCAAAUGCAAAUAAAUAUGAUGUUCGGUUUAAUACUUGAUAUAAUAUUUGUUGCAUUGAUAAAAGCAGCAACAAGGCGUCGUCGCCCAUGUGUAGAUGAUUUUUUUACGAUUGGCCCAGAUAAGUUCAGUUUUCCUAGUGGUCACACAUCCAGAGCAUUUUAUUUAUUAUGCUUUUUCACAUGGUUGUAUCCAGUUUCAUGGAUUUUUUGGCCACCACUUUUUGCAUGGGCAUUUAGUGUAGCAAUAUCGCGUUUAUUGAUAUAUCGUCAUCAUCUACUAGAUGUAAUAGCUGGUAUGCUAUUAGGAUGUUUAGAAUCAGUUUUACUUUGCAUAUUAUGGCUUGGUCCAAGAUUUACAAAUUAUAUUAUGAAUUCUAUUUCGGAGGACCAUGUUCCUGGUGGUCCCGAAGGACCUUAGAGUAAAACUUGCAAAAUCGGAUCAUCCUAAACUUAAUGUGAAAAUAUAUCAUUAUAUAUGUAUAUAUGCAUCGUAUAUCUAGUAAAGUAUAUGAAAUAUAAUACAUGUAUAAAACAUGAUAUGUAGGUUAAUUUUUAAUCCAUGCUAAAACUUUAAUUUUUCUGUUAAAUUUUUUGUUUUUGAAUUGAUCUACUCGUUUUAAUUUGUAAUUUGUAGAAUAAAAAUAAAGUUAAAUAAUACAUAGUA